CUUCCGGAAGCAGGUGGGAACAGAGUUUUCUCAACGUUCAAAAUUUCCACACUGUGGUGCCUGGCUUGUAGAAGGACAACAAAAGGGACAGAAAGAUGCCUCUCUUCAUCCGGAAACAGCCCCUGGAGAUCCCUCCACCCACUGAAAAGGACUGGAUUAGAAAAGAUGAAGAGGAGGAUUUCUUCUUGAAAGAUCCAGAUGAGAUCCUUGAUUCUUUGCCUCAGCCUUUCCGGAUGAUCAAUAAAAUGGUGAAUCUUUUACUUGAACGGACCUGGGAAAUUAUUGAGGGGAAGCAUCCAUUACAGGAGAUGAAGCAGCAAAAUGUUGAACUCCCACAAUACCAACCUUCAGCUAAAUUCCAGGUUGUGGGAAGGGCAAAUUGUAUGGUAGCCUCUGGUGAAUUCAUCUUCAUUGGGCUCUCUACGGGACUUUCUGUCUUCAGCAUAGUGAUGUGUGAGAAGUUAUGUACUUGGGAGGCAGCCAAGCUCGAGAUUUGUACCAUACAGGUUUCAAACUUUGGCAGUGGCUCCUAUCUCCUUGGUACAGUGGAUGAGAUGGGUUUUGCCCGUCUUUUUUAUUUUUUCAAGGAAAAUCUCUUGUGUAUAAAAGCCAUCAAUGAAGCGGAAGAUAUUAGUAAGCGAAAUGCAUGUGUGGCUCUGGAGCUCUCUCGUGGGGCUGAUUAUGCAGGCUUCCUGCUGCAAGGCAACUCAGAGUCUUGGCUGGAGAUUUACCGAUUGCCUAAGGAUUCCUGGCUGAAAGAGACAGAGCACAUCCAAACAGUUGCAGUUACAACUCCGGGAAACAUUAAGGAGGUGAAAGCUAGCCAGCCAUCCCUGCCGGAGAAGGCUGGGGUAGAGAAGAAGAGUGUAGACAUCCAAGGAUUAGGUGCUGAAGAUAUGGAUUCACAACAGCUUCUAAGCAGACUUGAAUCGAAGCUGAUUCCCCCUGUUCUGUUGCUGAAGGUCAGAUCACCAAAACCAAUUGCAGCAAGCCCAUUUAAGAACCCUUUUGAAGCCUUAAUGAAGAGUGAUGACGGUGUCCUGAUUGGCUUGGGACACAACCACCUGAUCAAGGAAAGCCAAUGUGAGCAGCAGGAGGAGAUAUUUAAGAGCACUUUCCAGCAGUAUCUGGAGACAGAGAAUGAGCUGGAGAUCAAAGAGGAGAAGCCCAGCCAUGCUAUGUUUCAUUUUCACUUGCCUGGCCGCACCUUGCCUGUCGGAACCGAAAUCAGAGCUGAGCCAGAAGUGCCUGUUGCUUUCAGUGUUCACUGGAGCGGGAGCCACAAUCUCUGCUUCUACCUUCUCAGUCGUCCACCAAAGGAGAAAGCAGAUUCUGAUCCCAAACCAGACGUCGUUUGGCCGAGUGCCUCUCCAAUUGCAUGCUCAACUGUUACACUUUGCUCUUCGUAUCUGGCUUUCGCCUGUGAAGAUGGGACCAUUACUGUUUGGGACAAAUCUCUUGGGUUCCCAUUGUCUGUAACCAUUCUCCCGGAUGGGUACGUUAUCCGAAGCAUCCAGUUCAUGCCAUCUUCGCCACCACCCAGCGAGAAGACCCCUUGCUCCAGUAAAGUCUCUUCGAGUACCAAAGUGAAGCUUCUGGUGCUGUGUACAGAUGGAUCUCUCCAUCUGAUUACAUCUGGGGCCAAAGAAUUUAACACCAAGCUGUUGGGGCACAGGCCUGAGACUCCCAGUCAGACUAUCAGUGCUGUGACAACCAGUCCCUCCUUACCUGAUGCAGUGCUGGUUUUCUUCUGGGAUGGUACAGUCAAUCUGAUGGACACCACUACACAAGAUAAUAUUUGCCAGUUCAUCACACCACCCUCCUACAAAGUAGCAUCUUCCUGGCAGCCAGUUUUUUCUGUUGACACACAAGGCCAAUGCUUGAUCCUCCGAGGUGUUAACCAGUCUGGGGGUGCUAAGACAGAAAUGGAAACCAUCUUCCUCUUUGACUUCAAGUCUUACCCAUUCAUGGAGACUUUCACCCUGAAAGCUGAACAUCAACCCAAUCCCACUGCAGAUCUACCGUGGGACAGGCGCUGUGACAUUUUCCUAAAAGACAGCUUGCCGCGACUUUCCACAAUUAGCCAACAGAUGCCCGAGUGCUGGAGCCAGCUGCAGAACUACGCAGCCGCCUUAACAAGAGGAGAGUCUGGAGAAGUGGUAAAGCAGCAGGAGCCCAGGGGUGCUGAAGACGCGUAACGCAUUGGCUGGGAUAGCAGAGUUGAAGGACUCGACAGUGAGUCAAUACAUGAAUUACAUUCAGCCUGGGCCACAUGCUUGGCACCUGCUCAGGUGCUUCAGGAGUUCCAGCUGUGAGCAUACCUUGGAUGUUCUGUCCCAUUAGCUUCUGGACCCUUUUAUGUAGCACCUGAUCCACCAUAACUAGCCUUCAAGGUCUGAAUGUGUUAGGUAAUGAGUUCCAAAACAGGAAUAGGCUACCUGAUUCAAAGGGCAAAGCUUGUUAAAAUGUAAUUAAUGUCAGAGAAAGGCAAGGGGGAAAUGGAAUAGAACAUGAGAAAUGGCCUAGAUACUGGGAAUCUGGAACAUGUGAUGCUACAGAAUACAGAAAUCUCUACAUAGUGGUGCUGACUGUUUUCUCCUUUUUGAAUGCUCAUUCUCUCUUCAGAAGUUGAACCUGUAGACAGGGCCUGGCUUUCUUUGUUUCUUUCUUUUUGCAUGAUACUUGCUAGUGUUAGACAGAGUAAGUUGAAUCUACCUGUUUUACUCAGUGUAGAUCCUUGAAGUUAAUGGAGCUAUGUUAAGCAUGUCAUUCAUUUUAAUAAUGCCUGCAACUGAAUACAACCCCUUAAAAAUGCUGCUUAACAGGGGACACCAACGCUCACUUUGUUAAUAUGGGAACCUUAC